AUGCGCCGCCGGAACCUGAAAGCGCUGGACCUUGGAAGGGAUCGGGACACCAAAGCAGACCGGCUCUUCAAGGUCUUUGAUCUUGGGGCAGAUGCAAGAGGCUCGACCAGACAUGGCACUUCCAGCAAGUGCAGAGAACGAACUGCAGAGGAGGAACCACGUGAGGACGACACCAUUGGCUCAGGCGAACAUGCUCGAGCUUCCCUCACAGUGAAAGUGGAGGCAGCCGCUGGAAGCUCUUGCGACCUGCAUGAGCCGCAAGAGACGUCGAUGCAGGAGGAGGACGAGGAGGCGCUGGGCUUCAUCGUGGAUGCCGCUGCAGAUCAGACGGUCGCAGACAUGGUUCGACCAGCAAAAAAGCCUUCCAUGCCCGCGCUGACCAAAGAGGAGGUGCAGGAGGCUGAGGCGGCCUGGCGUGUGGAGGGCAGUGCCCGCGCCGGUUUUAAGGUCUUCCGCCGCAAAGAGCACACGAGCGAAGAUAACUCUCCGCCGACGCUGAAGAAGCGAAGCAGGAGCCGGAAGCGACGAAAGAGGUCGCACAG